UGGACAGAAAGCUGCCCUCGAGUUCAAGAAAUCUGUCUGCCAGAGAUCCAAAGAACAGGACUGUAGAUGAGCCACAGUGAUAUGUUGUCCUCAUGUUUCUUUUCCCGGACGCCCUGCAGCUGCCCCGCCAGUACGAGUUCCUCCAGGAUCUGGGAGAGGGCGGCUUCGGGAAGGUGGUGAAAUGUUGGAACAAGGACACCAAACAAACCGUGGCUGUAAAGAUCCCCAAAUUCUCAGACUAUGACAGCAAGGAGGUUUCCAUUUUGAAAACGUUGAUGCGCCUAAACCUCGACCAGCACAACAUAGUCACGUUCUUCGGUUGGUUCCACACGAGUUUUGGGCGGGCGCUGGUGUUGGAGACGCUGGACAUCAGCAUACAGGACUACAUCCUAAAGACCCACCACGCCCCGAUGCGUCUCAGGGACGUCAGCACCGUCAUCCAGCAGCUGGCCAGAGCGUUGGACGCGCUGAAGAGCAUCGGCGUGAUCCACACUGACCUGAAACCGGACAACAUCAUGCUGGUGGAUCACCGGAGACGACCCUUCGCAGUCAAGCUCAUAGACUUCGGCUUGGCCAUGCCGAGGUCUGAAGCCAGGCAAGGCGUGACUCUGCAAACUCUUUGCUUCAGAUCUCCAGAAAUCGUUUUGGGCCUUCCUUUUUCCGAGGCGAUUGAUAUGUGGUCACUGGGCUGCUUGAUGGCCAAGAUGGUGCACGGCUGUCUCCUGUUCUCAGGAGAAACUGAGUAUGAAGCUCUGCAGUGCAUCGCUGAACUCCUGGGUCCACUGGCGGAGCGUCUUCUUAACAACGGACAAAAAACACUGUGGUAUUUCACCAGGACUGAGUCUAACAGCUGGAGGUUCAAGACACAACAGGAGUACUGGGGAGAAUCCCAUAGCAGGAAGUACAGCAGAGGCGUUUAUCCCUCUCUGGAUGAACUGAAACAGCUGCGUCUGGAGAGGAAGAACAAGUCUGAGGCUGUCGAGCGAGAGCAGUGUAUUGAACUCCUGGAGGCUAUGCUGAAACUGGACGAGACGGAGAGGAUCACUCCCAGAGAAGUCCUCACUCAUCCAUUCAUCGCCAAGGGUUACCACUGCUCCCAAACAAAGAAGAACUGGUUGAAAAUGAUCACGAAAAGCACAAAUAGAGGCCUGAGUCCAGCUUCCACACGGCUACCAUCCGGUGUUAUCAUGGUUCGUCCUGCAGCAGCUGAGGACACACUGCAGAGGGACAGUGAUGUUGGGAUAUGUCUGCAGACAGAGCGGAACAAGACGUCCACAGUAAAAGUGACCGACAGCGACUCAACAACCUGGAUGUAUGACAUAAAGACCCAGAAGAGGAGGAGGAAGAAGAAGAAGAACGGUAUCUUCUUCUCUUGGAUGAAGAACACCUUCGGCUCAUGCUGCAUCUUUCUGUUUUUAGCAUGACGUUUUAAACCAAACAUGCUCACAGAAAAAUAAAUC